AUGGCUGCUAAGAACACCAAACUGACAUGGAUGCGGCCCACGUUCGAGUCGGCACUCGCGGAGUGGCAGCACUACUGGAAUUCUGCGGUUGACGAGGCGUACAUUGAUCCGGAUGUCACUUACAUUAACAUCGGCCGCCAGAUGACGCCGGCCGAUACAGGACCACAUAGACGCGAAGACGCUUGCAAGGACGAAUCGGGCAAACAUCAGGCUCCGCCAAUCCGCAGGACGACCUAUCCGUUUGUCACUCUUCGCGAUGCGAGAGACAUGACCAUCACUCCUAGUUCAUCAAGCUGGGAGCUUCGAAACGGUCUCGUGUAUAGCCAGUUCUACAACCUCAUCAAAGUUCCCUUCGAUGCAGCUAAGCAGUACCCGUUCCAGAACCGCCACACCGAGAGCAUGGCGCUAGACCCAUCGUAUCUCAGAGAUCAACGUAACUCCACACGAGGGGCACAUGCCCACCAGUCCCGAGUACAAUGUGCCUACCGUCUGAGCAAGCUCCGUAUUCAUCGCAACGUUCCUGCUGUCGACCAGGAUGAUGAUGAUGAUGAGAUACAUCAUGAAGAAUCAACACAUCACCCAUUCACAUAUGGUAUACGUGCAGAAGACAGGGUAUCAUUGGCCCUUCUACGGCGUAUCACUGGUCUGUUCUCAUCUAGCCCCCCGCAGGAUGGGUCAGGCGAUGAUGAAGAAGAUGAAGAGAGGGACCAUCCAUUCUUCUCCGUUUCUUCUCAAACGAUGGCCCGUUUCCUCCGUGCUAGCGUCAAUCGAUAUUGUUUCCUAUUUGAGUAUGUAAAAUCGCAGACCGGCUUGAAAUAUUCACUUCCCGAGACUGUUGUUAUGGCAGCAGCGCUUCGUGGACUUCGGUUCAGCUACGAUUGUUUCCUCAUUGCGAAAGAAUCGGUACUCUGGGGAGAUAGAUGGACGUCGACGCAGCGCGUGAGAGUUGAGGGUGGGGAAGCGCGGAUCGUUAAGGUAGAGCGAGAAGGGCUAGGUCUGAACAAGACGUCUACGUCGCACGGUUUUGGCUGGUGGCUACCAGGGAAGUUUGACUGGAGUACCUGGCGGUUCGCCUCCGACGUUGGCGAUCGACUCGCCGUAGGCAACGACCUCCUACGCCAGGAUUACAAGCGUCAAUGGAGAGUCCUCAAGGAUAUUCGAGACGUUCACGUUCGCAUGUGGCAAGCCCAGAGUUGGUUAGGGCGAUAUCGAGUACAGGACGACGCGGCGGCAAAGAGACUGUGGCUCGAAUAUCUGCAUUCCACAGUCAUCGAGCUCUUCCAACGGGAUGUCUGGCGGGCGGCCUUGAAGAGCGUGAGCUGGAAGACAGGCUCCGAUGUCACCGAUGAGGCAUCGAUGAGGUAUCCCGAGUCUAGCCCACCGAGCUUCUGCUAUGAUACGUUAUCGGAUCUGUUUCACGACCGUCAACAUGAUACGAGCCACACGAGACCACACCUCGUCGCUGGCAAUAAGAUACGGUCGACCAGUAUGAAGGACCUUUUCGAUGACCUGUUCUCGCCGAGCUCUACCGGCACGACCAUGAAGCGUCGUAGAGGGUGGGCUUCGCUGCCCUAUCGUAUCGCGACUCGUCGAAGCAUCGAGCUCGUGGAGAUGGUGCUUGGGGCGGCGGCCGCAACACAGUGGUACGCACAGCUUAGGCGAAUUGUGCUAUUGACACAUUGGAUUCUGCCCUGGCCGUCAGACACAGAGCUUCUAACGACGACAAAAGAAAGUAGGGCUACCAAUCUCAAACGCCGGCUUACUUGGGCCUCGGUUGUCCACAUCACUCCAUCUUCCAAGUCUACAGGGCACGUCGAGCCUGCUGUACCAACGCGAAAGGUCAACGACGCAGACCGUCAGGUCUCCACUCAAGACGAUCUAUCGCAACUACUAUCGGAAGCAUGCAGGCGUCGGUUCGGGGAUAAAGGCUGGGCAAGUAGUGCAGACAAUACAAAACCGUGUUACCACUGGUCUACUGGAGACUUGAUUAGCAGCACGCGCGACUGUAUUGGAAUUGAUACGCUUCGACUUGGCCGUGCUGUUGGGGCAUAUAAUAGAGGUUGUAUCUUUCCCGUAGUAGAGAACGGCCAUCCGCCCCAAUUACGGAUGGUCACGCGUAUUCGAGAUAAAACCCUACUCUUCUAUUCCUAA